AUGACUAUCAUGGUAUCUCUUUCAGCAUCUUUGAUUGGAAUACUUGAUGAGGGUUCUUUGAAACUGUACACUCUAAUAUGGAGAAGAACAAUGGCUUGCCAAAUGGAAGCUUCAAGGACUGAGCUGAUACAAGUUGGUAUUGCUAAUCCUGAAGGAGACAUGAUUUUUCAUUCAUCUGCGUCAAGGCUUGACUUCAAGGGGUACCAAGCUGUCUAUGAGGACACUGAAGCAACUGGGUCCAGUGAAAACCCCGAAGGAGAAACUGCACAUCAGGAUAAUUUCGAGGCCUUGUCCAAAUUAGAGAUGAAGGAUUUGGUGUCUCCCAUUAACGUGAAUCUUGAACAGCACUUUACUAAACCUCCGUCCCGUUAUUCUGAGGGUGCAUUGAUUAAAAAGAUGGAGGAACUUGGAAUCGGAAGGCCAUCUACGUACGCCUCUAUAAUGAGGGUGUUGCAGGACCGGAAAUACGUGACAGUAAAAAGUCGUGUUCUGCACCCUGAAUUCCGCGGUCGAAUGGUCUCAGCAUUUCUUUCACAUCUUUUCUCUGAGAUUGCCGAUUACAGCUUUACUGCUAACAUGGAGACGGAGCUAGACAAUGUCUCUGCUGGGUCAACUGAAUGGAAGGGUCUCCUGAAAGAUUACUGGGAACGAUUCAGCAAAUAUUGCGGAGAUGCUAGGCAGUGGGAUGUCAGAAAGGUAGAGAGAAUGCUUGAAGAGAAAUUCUGUCCUAUCCUCUUUCCUGACCUUGACACCGACAGUAGGAUUUGCCCUAGUUGUUCUGAAGGAACCCUCAGAUUUAAAGUUAGUAGGUAUGGAGAAGGCUAUUUUAUAGGCUGUGAUCGACAUCCGAAGUGCAAGUACAUCGCUCGCACAUUAUCAGAUGAAGAUGAUGAAAAUGAAACCUCCGAGCAAAUUCCAAGGUCUUUUGAACCUAGGUUACUUGGUGUCAUGCCUGAUACAAGUGAAAAGGUCUUCUUGAAACAAGGUCCUUAUGGUUACUACAUCCAGGUUGGAGAGGAUCGGAAAGGGGCAUCUCAGAAAAGAGCUCCUCUUUCUGAGGUCAAAGAUGUUGACUCUAUCACUAUCAAAGAUGCAAUUGAGCUAUUGCAGUAUCCAAAAAUUCUGGGAAAACAUCCUGAUGACGAGCAUCGAGUACUUAUGACACAUUCUAAAGCUGGAUUUAGUAUCCGGCACAGGGGAACCCUUGCUCCAGUGCCAAAGACUCAAGACCCAAAGAAGAUUACGCUCGAGCAUGCACUGAAGUUUCUGACGGGUAAAAAUGCCAAACAUAAUGGUCGACCAAAGGGAAAAACUAGCAAAAAUGCAGAACCCAUCGAAUGGCAUUAA